GCGUGGCCUCGGUUGCUAUGCAGCGGGGACGUUUAGGCAGGUCUUGAGCCCAGUUUCUAGACCAAUGCUCCCGGCGUUUGCAUGGCACCCAAGAAAGGGAAAAGCGGAGUUGCGAGCAGCAGUUCUAGGAUAUGGGAGCCUUCGCUCAUAGCUACACACUUGAAUCAGAACGACUGGAAGUCUUCCAUCGCUUUCGUGGUUGGUAACCAGAUUGAAGAUGAUCUUCUCAUUCAAGCCCUCACCUUGGCUGUCGAAGUCCCUCAGCGCAAACUCUUCAGUAUAAUUUCAUGGCAAGACAUUCUCCAGCAGAUCAAUGAAAUAAGCACACUUGUUUCAUCUAAAAAGGCAAGAAAGCCUGCAGAUGGUAAUGCUCCAUUAUUUUACGAGGUGUUAAUUGCAGCAAAAGCAAUUGUGGACAAUGGAGAGAAAUUGACCUUACCAUUGAUAGGGAAACUCCUAAAAUUUCAACUUCUCCAGAUUAAAUUAAAGGACCAGCAACGACGGGAAAAUGAAAAGAAGGUGAUAGAAGAGAGGUCAAAAUUAGAGAUGGAUAAAGGAAAAGCAAAGCCUUCCAAAGAGAAGAAGUCGCCAGGUGCCAAGGGUGCUAAAGGGAAGGGAAAAGAUCAGCUUGAGGUCAACACAGCUGUUAAGAAGACCACUGAGUUAAAACAAAGGGGAGAAGAGGAAGACACCAAGUAUUACAUUGAUGAUGAGCCGGAUGAUGGUGCCCAACAUUACAUUAUUGUUGUGGGCUUCAAAAAUCCUCAGCUACUAGCCAUUAUGACUGAGCUUGGAAUUCCCAUAACCAGUGUGAUUAAAAUAUCUUCAGAGAAUUAUGAUCCUCUGCAGACACACCUGGCAGCAGUUAGCCAGCAGCAGGAAGUUUCUCUUCAGCCAGAAGACAAAGAAGCUGAAAACUUGAAGAUAGAGAAUGCCAUAAAAGAACUUGAAUUUUUCUGGAAAUAUUUGGACCCGAUCCUGAAUAAUGAGAAACCGGAAACAAAUCUCUUCGACGUUGCUCGACUGGAAUAUGUGGUCAGAGCGGCUGAUCUCCCACAUGACUGGUCAGACGGCGAGAUGUUGCUGAAAUUGGGCACCAUUAUUUUUGAAAACGUUGCUUGCCUGAUGUAUGACACCCUGGAUUGGAAAAGGCAGCACCAACAUUAUCUGGAAAGCACGCAGCUUUUUAAUGUCCCACAAGUGGUUAAUGAGAAAGCUCUCUUAGAAACCAUAGCAAUUUCUGAGGCUCCACAAGUUGUUCCGGGGCCUGGAAAGAAGAAAGCACAGUCUGAAGAGCCACAGAUUGCACCACCAGAGACUUUCAUCAUCACAACUGAAGUAGACAUGAGAUAUUACAAUGAUCUGCUGAAUCCAAUUCCAGAGGAAUUCAUUUCUGUGCCCCUGAUACUGCACUGUAUCUUAGAACAAGUUGUGGCAACCGAAGAAGAUCUCGUCCCCCCCAGUUUGGUGGAGCCACCGCCCAGAGAAGACGGGUUAGACCACAGGAUCGCAGCUCACAUUGUGUCCAUCCUGCCCUCGCUCUGCCUCUCAGAGAAGGAGAAAAAGAACCUCCGUGAAGUAUUCCUACCUGAAGAGGAGAGAGAAAGCAAAGCGGCACCCAAGGGCCCUCUCCUACUGAACUACCACGACGCACAUGCCUACAAGAAGUCCACGCUAAAGGACCAAAAGAAUUUUGACCCCGUUCAAAUUGAGCAGGAGAUGCAGUCCAAGUUGCCACUGUGGGAACUCCUUCGAUUCCCUCUGCCCCCACCUUGGAGCAGCACCAAACGUUUAGCUGCCAUUCAUGAGCUUAUGCACUUCUGCGCAAGUGAAUUCUUGAGCUGGAAUGAAGUAGAACGAGCCUUCAAACUCUUUACUUUUGAGAGCCUGAAGCUCUCUGAGGUGGACAAAGCAGGGAAACUAAAGCCUUCUGAGAUGAUGCAUGGAAUAGAUGCUAAGGAGGUUCUCAUACCAUGGGACAACCCUGCCAGAUUUGCUAAACACUUAAGGCAGCAGUACAUCCUGAAAAUGAACACCCCAGAGGCCGAACAGAAAACAGAUACUGAACCCAAAGACAGGACUAUAUAUGUGGAUCCGAAUUGGUCAUCAUCUGUGGGAGAUGAUGAAAUCAAUGGAGUUGUUUCAAAUCUUAAUCUGCCUGACUCUGACAGUAUGAACUAUUAUGACUCAAGUACUAUGAAACCCUUAAACACUGAUAAAAGAGAGCUCUUAGAACAGGAGGGCAGAGUGAAGACUCAGCUCCAACAGGAGCCUUUGAGAAGUAAAGAUCCAACCACCAACAACGAGAUCAAAGAUGAAGCAGUCACAAAGGCUGAUUCUCUUGAAAAGAAACCCAAGAAGACAAUGGUGGAAGUAAAUUUGGAGGACAUAAAGAACACACAGCAGCGCAGUCUAGUGGACUGGAGUUACACUGAGCAUUUUAAACCAAAAGUACUGCUUCAGGUUCUUCAAGAAGCUUAUCAGCAAUAUAAGUGUGCAGAUUCUUACUACUAUACCCAGGACAAUUCUUUACUUUUAGUUUUUCAUAAUCCAAUGAAUUUACAACGUCUGCACUGUGAAUAUUGGAAUGUUGCUCUUCACUCUAAUGUUGGAUUCAGGAAUUAUUUGGAACUUGUUGCUGACUCCAUUCAAGACUGGAUCACAAAAGAGGAAGCUGUGUAUCAGGAAGCUAAAAUGGCUGAGGAACUCACCAGGACCAAGGCUGAGACGGAACGGAAACCUUCUGUUAGUGCCAAAAAUUAUUGGCCCAGCAAAGAUAUUUCUCCCAAAAAAUCUAAAAGUAACAAAGUAAUCAACAAAACAGAAAUAACAGAUCAAGAAAAAGAAAAGGAGAAAGAAAAGAUUCCUUUUAUUUUAGAAGGCUCUCUGAAGGCAUGGAAAGAAGAGCAAGAACGGUUAGCGGAAGAGGAACGUUUACAAGAAGAAAAGAAAGCAGAGAAGAAGAGCAAAGAUGCUGGUAAAAAGAAAGGCCACGAUAAAGCCGAGAAAGAAGACAGUCGGUCUUUGAGGAAAAAGUCUUCUUCUAAGGAGAAAGCUAAAGAACUGAUAACAAUCCCGGCAGCAUCAGAGGAGGCCCUGCCCCAACAAGAACCUGAGAUACAGUACCCAUUUCAAGGAUACAACAUGGGAGAUGUGCCUAUACAAAUCUCAGGGACAAAUUAUUAUCUGUAUCCUUCUGAUGGAGGGCAGAUUGAAGUAGAAAAGACAACAUUUAAAAAAGGCUCAACGUUUGUCAAAGUGAAAGUGAGAAAGGACAAGCAUAGCUUUCUAAUUCACCUGAGAGACCCAAAGAGUUUGGCGAAAAAGCAAAGCAAAGAAGAAAUUUAUCCUUCAGAAGAAAAAGAAAAAGAUGAGGAACAAACUCUUGAAGCAAAAGUAUCUCACACAGAGAGUAAAGCUGUCAGCAAGUUUGGAUCUUUUUCUGCCACCUUAGAAAAUGGAAUCUGCCUCUCAAUAAGUUACUAUGGAGCAAGUGGAAUGGUGCCAGAGGAAAAGGAUCCUGAGUUGGAGACAGUGUUGAAUAUCCCUUCAGCACUUACUCCAACAGUGGUCCCUACUAUCAUGAAUGUCCCUCAGGGCAAAAUAAAGGGGAAAUCAAAAGGCAAAGAAAAACCCAAGGAAUCCCUCAAAGAAGAAGAGCACCUAAAAGAAGAAGAGAAAAAGGAAGAAGUAGAGCCAGAAUCUCUUUUACAAGAAACUCCGUCUGUUCCCACCUUCCGAAACCUAAAUGUGUCUUGCCCCAAUGGGCUUCUGUUGACUUUUAUUGGACAAGAGUCCACAGGUCUGCAUCUUGUGGAUGAGGAACCCAUCUGGGACAUCAUGAUUCGUCAGAGCUACCCCCAAAGGAUGAAGCACUAUGAAUUCUAUAAAACAGUGAUGCCCCCGAUGGAGCAGGAGGCAUCCAGAGUUAUCACCAGUCACGGCACUGUUGUCAAGUAUAUGUUGGAUGGAUCCACACAAAUUCUCUUUGCAGAUGGGGCUACAAGCAGCAGUCCUGAUUCAGGUCCAGUGUAUCCUCCUGAAAUGUCAACCAGCCCUCAUAAUGGAGAUUUGGCAGACACGGCUUCUCAGCCCAAAUCAGAAAUGGCACCAUCUGAGAUUGCCAUGGCAAAGAAAGCAAGAGGUCACAAAAAUCAGUUAAUGGCUCGUAAGAGUGAAAUCCAUGAAGUCACCCCAGAAGUAGUGCAAACAGUAACUCCUGUGGAGGCUCACAUAGGCACCUGGUUCACAACUACACCUGAAGGAAAUCGGAUUGGCACCAAAGGAUUGGAAAAAGUAGCAGAUUUGACCCCACUGUUAUCCUUUAAAGCCACAGAUCCUGUCGAUGGAACGGUUAUGACAACCCGAGAAGACAAAGUAGUCAUCGUUGAAAAGAAAGAUGGCACUCGGAUAGUGGAUCAUGCUGAUGGUACCAGAAUCACAACCUUUUAUCAGGUUUAUGAAGAUCAUAUUAUUUCUACAGAUGAUCAAGAAACAACUGAGGUUCCUCGCACGGUCACCAGACAGGUGAAGUGCAUGCGGAUAGAAAGCUCACACUAUGCCACUGUGAUCACCAACUGCGAGGACAGCAGCUGCUGUGCCACCUUUGGGGAUGGGACAUCUGUCAUCGCGAAGCCACAAGGCACGUACCAGGUGCUACCUCCCAAUACCGGUUGCCUCUAUAUUGACAGGGAUUGUUCAGCCACGUAUUGCCACGAGUCAAGCAGUAACAUCUAUCAUCCUUUCCAAAGGCGUGAGCAGCUGAGAGCCAGCACGUACAUCAUGAAGCACACAUCAGAGGUUAUCUGUGAGGUCCUGGAUCCCGAGGGAAACAUCUUUCAGGUCAUGGCUGAUGGCAGUGCAUCAACCGUGCUACCAGAAAAAAAAUCAGAAGGUGACUUACAUGUAAAACCCGAGGACUAUGACAGUUUGUCAUCUGUUCACCUUGAAAAGAAUCAUAUGCAAGUCUAUGGUGAACAUGUUCCCAGAUUUUUUGUGAUCUAUGCUGAUGGAUCCGGAAUGGAACUCCUCCGUGACAGUGACAUUGAAGAACACUUGUCCUUGGCCUAUGGAGAAUCAACUACUGCGGUUGUCCAGGAGCCAGUGCAGGAGCAGCCAGGGGCCCUGAGCAUCACAAUCCUUCGUCCUUUCCAUGAAGCAUCACCAUGGUUAAUGAAGAAGGAAUUAGAGACGAUUGUUCCUCCUAAUCUCCAGUCAAGAUCAUGGGAGACAUUCCCCUCAACUGAGAGAAAAACUCCAGGGCCUCCAUUUGGCACUCAAAUUUGGAAGGGCCUUUCCAUUGGAUAUAAACAGCUAAUGAAUGCCCCAGCUCCUGUGCUUAAAGACCCCAAGGUGCUGCAGAUGCGCCAGUUCAUCCAGCAUGAGGCCAUAAAGAAUGAAGAGAAACUGAGGCUGCAGGUUUCACUUAAGGAUUAUAUCAAUCACAUUCUAAAGAAAGAAGAAGAACUACAAGAAAUGACAGUCAAGGAUUCCAGAACUGAAGAGGAGAGAGGCAAUGCUGCAGAUCUUCUCAAGCUAGUUAUGUCUUUCCCAAAAAUGGAGGAAACUGAAAAAAGUUAUGUUAGUGAAGUUACAGCCCACCUAACCGAGGUAUUCAAGCAGUCUUUGGCUUCUGCUCCAAAAUGUCCACCAGAAACAUUCAGUAAAACUUCCUUUGAGAAGAAAUGGAGGCACACAGCAGCAUCAAAGAGGUGGAAAGAAAAGAUAGAGGAGAAGAGGAAGGAAAUUGAGAAGACAAAAAAUCAGCUAACAGAAAUUAGGAACAAAGUGCUACAACCCUAUUUCAACUCUGAAUUGAGCCAGUUAUAUCAGUCCCAGUAUAAUUAUCUGGACAAGCUUUCAAAAAAACUGCCUCCUUUUACAAAGAAAGAUAAAGAUGCAAAUGAAACAGCCUAUCAAGAUACAUCUGAUCUUUAUUCAGAUUCCAAUCCAUCUGCAGUUUCAGAACAGGAGUCCUCAAAUGUGCUUAGACUUCCAAAAUUAGAGAUUUCUAAGGAUACCAAGGAGCCCACCAGUCAGAACCAAACUGAAGACUUGACAAAACCUACUGAAGAACCAGAAUCUUGUGCACCUGUGAAAAUUUCACCGCAGUCCUUGCUGCAAGAUGCUGCAGGGCAAGCAAGGAAAGAAAAGGUGAAGUUACCACAUUAUUUGCUGAGCUCCAAGCCAAAGUCUCAACCACUUGCAAAGAUUCAAGAUCCCGUUGGAGGAAAAGUGAACACAUCCUCGGUUGCCUCUGCUGCCAUUAAUAAUGUAAAGUCGCCCCCUUUUGGGUUCCACCUUCUCCCACCAUCAGUGAAGUUUGGAGUGCUCAAAGAAGGACACACCUACGCAGCCACUGUAAAGCUCAAGAACGUUGGUGUGGACUUCAGCAGAUUUAGAGUAAAGCAGCCCCCACCUAGCACUGGACUAAAAGUGUCUUACAAACCUGGGCCUGUGGCAGCUGGUUUGCAGACGGAGCUAAAGGUGGAGUUAUUCGCCAUGGCUCUUGGAGAGGGCGGUGUCAAGGGAUUAGCUCACGUCUCUCAUAAUAUUGAGAUAAUGACCGAACAUGAUGUUUUGUUCUUACCCGUGGAAGCCACAGUUUUAACAAGCAGCAAUUACGAUAAUCGACCAAAAGGUUUUCCUCAGGGAAAAGAAAAUCCCAUGGUCCAGAGGACGUCUACAAUUUCUUCUGCUGCACUUGGAGUUUUCAUAUCUCGUGAUAUUUCUCCACAUUAAGUCCAUUUCUUCUCGGUAAAGCUCAAUGGCCUCCAUGAUCCUCUCAGCCUACUCAGAUGAUGACAAAGGAAAGAAAUCAUUACAGCAAACUCCUCACCCCAGGACACACAUACUGGGAGGCCUGACUACAAAUUUAUCAUGUGAAGCAGCUUG